AUGCGAGCUGGCACUUUGUCGACCUUCCUGCUUGGGACUUGGCUUCCUGCAGCUGUCUUCGCUGAACUUGCAGUCCACGAUGACAGCUUCACUCCUGACCACGUCCUUCGAGUCACUCAGGCUCAGGUACCGACAGGAUGUGAAAGUCGCCAGGACAUUGUGGUCAACGGCACCUCGCCAGGGCCUGCGAUACACUUGCUGCCUGGAUCGACGAGCUGGAUCAGGGUCUACAAUGAUAUGGGAGACCAAAAUCUCACCAUGCACUGGCAUGGCUUGGCUCAGCGGAUGGCGCCCUUCUCAGACGGAACCCCUCAAGCUGCCCAGUGGCCCAUCCCGCCGGGACACUUCUUCGACUAUGAGAUCUUCACAGAGGUUGGAGAUGCUGGCAGCUACUACUAUCAUUCGCACGUCGGCAUGCAGGCUAUGAGCUGUACUGGACCAUUGAUUGUCGACGACUGCGGAGGCUCGCCGUACCACUAUGACGACGAACGCAUCUUCUUUUUUGAGGAUUCCUUCUUGAAGACUGACCAGCAAAUGGUGGAUGGUUUGACCAGCACGCCUCUUGUGCCGACAGGAGAGACGCACGGCAUCCUCCUAAACGGCAAGGGCGUAGCCGUCGGCCAGACAGCUACAACCGGCCCGCCCGGAGGGGAUAGAGGGUUCUUUGGGGGUGGAUAUAGCAGCCCUCCCGGGAAUGCACCCGGCUUUCGCAUCGGUCGUCGCGACACGUCGACAGUAGAUCAGGUCGGCGGUUCAGACGCUUGCACACUUCCUGUCAUCGACGUUGAUCCGGGCAAGACGUACCGCUUCCGCUUUGUUGGCGCUACUGGCCUCUCCCACUUGUCGGUUGCGCUACAAGACCACACUAAUCUCACAAUUGUUCAAGUCGAUGGCGGAGAGUACAAUGCGCCCGUGUCGACCGACCACAUUCAGCUUGGGACAGGCCAACGGUUCGAUGUCAUGUUCAAAACCAAGACAAUGGAAGAUUUGGCAGCUGAUGGCAACAAGACGACCUUCUUCAUUCAGUUUCAGACUUUAGACCGCCCGACGAACUACGUUGGAUACGGUGUACUCCGCUACUCUACCUCCUCCCCAGUCCCGGUGUCGCCAAGCGACCAGCUCAUUGCCACACCAACCGAUAUCAGCGGUUGGAUGGAAUACACGUUUCAGCCGCUCUAUCCUGACAGGAACCAGGCCCCGACCGCCGCUGAAGUCACUCGCCGGAUUACCAUUGAUGCCGAGAUGAAGAUUGACGACGCGAGUGGCAGGAUGGUAUGGGAGCUCGCCCAUUUGUCCUGGACUGAGUACACCUACCAGAGCCCCAUGCUGGUCGACAUUUAUCAGCGCGGUCAGGAGGCACUCCCUGAUUACGACGCCGCCAUGAAGAAUUACGGAUGGGACCCCAAGACACUGUCUUUCCCAGCAAAGAUUGGCGAGGUGCUCGAGAUCGUCUUCCAAAACACGGGAGCGCAGGCUGGACCGAUUGGCAGCGUCGAAACUCACCCCUUCCACGCCCACGGCAACCACUACUACGACAUCGGAAGCGGCGAAGGUCAGUACGACGCCGAUGCAAACAAUGCCAAACUCAGCUCGUUAGGGUACACGCCUGUGCUGAGAGACACAACCAUGCUGUACCGGUAUGCCGACACUGUCAACCCGGGGGCGGUGGCUGGCUGGCGAGCUUGGAGAAUCCGUAUUAAAGAUGCGGGAGUCUGGAUGAUCCAUUGCCAUAUUCUAGCGCACAUGAUGAUGGGCAUGCAGUCUGUCUGGGCCGUCGGCGAUGCUGCUGAUAUCCAGAAGAUCCCAACUGAGCUGAGCGCUGGGUACUUUACCUAUGGCGGCAAUGUCUACGGAAACACAACAUAUCACCCGAGCGUUUACCAGUACUUCAAUGGCACGAACAAAUGCGGCCCCGCAUAG